ACCUGUAUGUGCUAAUUGAUUAUGUUAAUAUGCCUCACGGCCCAAGUCCAAGGCCCUCAGAAUGUACCUCACCGAUAAACUUGAAUCUAUUGGUGCACUAAAUUUGCUAUCCUACCUACUUGUUAAAGAUAAGUCAAAGCAGCCUAACAUCAGACUGAAAACGAAGCAUGACGGUUUGUAACGUGUUGGCGGGAGUAAAAUAUCUGGGACAUCAGGAGAACAUAUUCACCUUUGACCCUCAGCACUUCACCCCUGACCCCUCGGUACGACUUAGAGCAACAGGCAGAGCGCCGGAUUUUACGUGAGGAGAAAAACGUCAUAGGAAACAGGUAGGACAUGGCAACGAUAGGGCAUGGGACUCCUACCGAAGUACUUCAGAACUGCUGUGAGGGGUCUCCUACUGGUGUUCCCCAUGUUGAUUGCGACAGCAAAGCAAGCAAUCCUGGAGACCAAAGGAUAGCACAAGAGGUUACCUUGAAAGGCGAUAGUGAGAAACCCUUCAUGUGUGGGGAGUGUGGGUACAGAGCAACUCAGAAGUCUUCCUUGUCUGUACACAUGAGAACUCACACAGGAGAAAGACCUUAUAAGUGUGACCAGUGUGACUAUUCUGCAACACGGAAAUCGAACCUUGACAACCAUGUCGCAGCAAAACACACCGGAGACAAACCCUACAUGUGUGGGGAGUGUGGGUACAGGACAGCUCAAAGGUCUCACCUAUCCCGACACAUGAGAACCCAUUCAGGAGAAAAACCCUACAAGUGCGACCAGUGUGACUAUUCCGCAGCACAGAAGCCCCACCUUGAACACCAUAUAGCAGCUCAACACACUGGGGAGAAACCCUUCAUGUGUGGGGAGUGUGGGUACAGGACUGUCAAUAGGUCUGACUUAUCCCGACAUAUGAGAACCCACACAGGAGAAAAACCCUACAAGUGUGAGCAGUGUGACUAUUCCGCAGCACAGAAGCCCCACCUUGAAAACCAUAUAGCAGCUCAACACACUGGGGAGAAACCCUUCAUGUGUGGGGAGUGUGGGUACAGGACUGUCUAUAGGUCUGACUUAUCCCGACAUAUGAGAACCCAUACAGGGAAAAAACCCUACAAGUGUGAGCAGUGUGACUAUUAUGCAGCACGGAAAUCCCAUUUAGACGAGCAUCGCAUGAAACAUACCGGUGAGAAACCAUACAUGUGUGGGGUGUGUGGGUACAGGACAGCUCAUCAAUCUUACUUGUCCAAACAUAUGAGAACCCAUACAGGUGAAAAACCCUACAUGUGUGGUGAGUGUGACUAUUCCGCAGCACAGAAAAUCAAUUUGGACAACCAUAUUGAAGCAAAACACACCGGCGAGAAACCCUACAUGUGUGGGGAGUGCGGGUACAGGACAGCUCGGAAGUCUAGCUUGUCCAAACAUUUGAGAACCCACACAGGUGCAUGACCGAACAAGGAUAAUCCGCAUGUAAAACUUGCGGAUUAAAUUUGUAUAAAUCGAAAUACUUACUUGAAUAUAUUCUGUUUUGGACAUGUCUAAUCUGUGAUGAAUACCAGCAAAAAAUAUAUGGCACUAGACAAAAGAAACUUGUUUAAGAUAUAAUUAUAGAAUGACUUGAUGCUCAUAGGAUAAGUUGAUAGAUGCUAUUUCAAAUAGGCAAUUGUCCGUCCAAAGCACGUUAAGGCAUCAGAUUAGUUUGUGCUACUUUGUUAUAUAUCUAGCAUUUGUUAUGAAAUAUUAUUUUGUCUUCUUACUUUGCAUAUAUACUGUUUUAUAAAAAGUCUAACCUGAAGUGAAUACCAUAAGAAAAUUAGCGACCACACAAAAGCAGUGGUCUCGGUGAAAUGAUUUUUACUGCUGUUUGACAACUAACCUGCAAGGUGAUUGAGUGUUAAUGAAGGCAUGAAGCACACUAUGGUAGAAAUGUGUAAUGGUAGAUAUGUAGUUUAUAGAAUUUUGUAAAAGCUUGUUAAAUGUUUUCGGAUAGUUCCUGUUAUUGUUAAGGAGGAAACUUUACACUUGAGUUAGUAUUACUUAAUUUGUACCCUCUAAUCAAGGGACUAGGUAGGUAAUCUAUGUAUUACUAAGUAUAGUUCACCAUGGAUGUUAAGUUUAAAAUGUGCGUACUUUAUUCGAGAAAAUAUGGUGUGCUCCAUGAAGUGCUGUGAGAAUUGAGAAGUGACAACCUCUGGCACCAUCACCCGUGGCAUGCCCACCCCGCUGUUUGUAGUGCUAACGCAAUAGAAUACAAAGUUUAAAAUCGUC